UUUCAUUGGUCUAUUUAACGUCCACGACAAAACUUUCGUUCCCAUCUAUCUUUAUUCACUCCUAUUACCCUUUUUUAAUUCCAAAAAUCAAGGAUUGGUCAAAUACCAAACAUAAACACCUCUCAACUUCUAUUUCAACAAUUUAGGGACAAAUAAUUUUUUAGACAAAAUAUUCUACUUUUUUUAUUACCAAGCUGUUAUAUUUCUUAUUUUCUGCUAGUACUACAUGUCCAGAUUCACAAAAUCACAACAAGGUGCAAGGAAAUUGGUAUAUGAGGGGUUUGCGUACACAAAACAUCGCCUUAGUGUUGAUGGACGUAGAACCUAUUGGCGUUGUGAGAGACGUAGUUCGUUAACAGGCUGCCAUGGACGUGCUGUUACUAUUGGAAAUGAGGAGGGGCAACCUGUUCUUUUAACUGUUCAUCAUAAUCACCCUCCAUCUGAAAAAUAUGGUCCAUUGACUGGAGGGACUGGAGUUCAUGGCUGGGCAAUUGGAGGUGAUGUUGUCGGUACUUCUUCCACUACUCCACCACCAACUAAUGUUCGCGGAGUUCCUAUCGUUCCAAAAAUAUCUCGUUGUGAUAUUGCAAAAACUUAUGGGGAAACUGCUGUAAAUUCUGGACGGAAACGCCGUUUUGAAACUCCCCAAUUUCCAUUUGCUCUUUCUCUCCCACCAUUUAUUGGAGAUGGGGAGCCUCCAAACCUUACAAAGGCUGAUGAGACUCCCAAUUCUCCUCAAAAUUGUUCUUCAUAUUCAACUUUGGAGCAAUUUAUCAAUUCCCAUUCUGACAACAAUUUACCUCCUUUUCUUGAAUCAGCACAGGAUAACUUUAACGUUGAAAUUCCAAUAAAACGCCCUCAUUUAGAGGAUACUAGUGAUGGCGCAGAAUUGGGAGAACUUUAUUCGACUGAAGGAUUUUUUGAUCCAAACAAUGAAAGCUGUAAGGACAAUGAACGUACAGCUAAAUUAGAUCUGUUGAAGAAAGAGUGGGAAGGUAGAUUAUACUUUUUUUUAAAUAAAUUCCCUUCCUCGUGA